ACUGAACAUCGCCCGCGCAAAACGAUCCAUGGCGACUUCCUCUCGUGCGUUGCGGUAGUCCGUUUUCGUUCACUGGGCGUGCGCAUCCGACCGUCAGCGAAUGGCGCCACGUGGCCAGCAGAAGGCGAAACGUCCACACGGUGGUUCCGGCGAAGCGAGUGCAGGGCAAACAAGAAGGGGCCACAUCCCAAAGUCGAAGAAGCUUCGCGCGGGAGACGGGUCGGAAGGAGAGAUGGGGGGUGACGGGGGAGAGGAGGAGACGACUAUGGACAUCACUUCUAAAGGGACGCCUGUGCUCGGGUUCGGGCGUGACGGUAUGAGCAGGCAGCGUAUGCUUGCGCUCACCAACCUUAGCGUCCCGACGUCCACGCGCGACGGAGGUGGCGGGACGGCUCGUGCGCAAGGAGUUUCGUCCGGUGACAUUCCGCCGCAGAGGGCCGUGGGUUCUGCAUCCACCAUCGCAUCCGUGUCCGAGCGCGGCGAAAAAGCUCCGGUAGGUGAGUCUCCAUCGCGCCACGUGGAGGCGUCGAACCCGACGAUCGUUGCCACUUCGCCGAAGGAUGUGCUUCAAUCCGCGAAUGCAGCGAGCGCUGCUGGUCAUGCUGCGGUCGUCGGUGUUGGAGAAAGGCGAGAAGAUAGGAGGGUGGAAGAGGCGGGGAGAAAACAGGAGAGGAGGGAGGAGACUCCGCGGGAGGAAGAAGAGGACGACCAGCCUCUGAGCGCGAGGAAGAAGAGGACGACCAGCCUCUGAGCGCGAGGAAGAAAAGGUCCCGCCAAGAGGAGGAGUUGGAGGCGAAAUCGAAGCUGUGGGUAAACGAC